UAACUGAAGUCCACAUCUGUUGCUGGGUUCUUGAAUGUUUUUUCUGUGCGUUAUCUGAGGUCUGUGGUUAUUAGUGGUGUGAAAAUUAUGGAGUCUGAUAUUAGGUGUAACGAAACCACAAGUGAAGGAAGAAAUGAAAUAUCUGCUACAGAUGUAGAUAGAGAUGUUUCCUUUCGAGAUCUUGGCAUUGUAGACGUGUUAUGUGAAGCUUGUGAACAGCUGAAGUGGAAGUCACCGUCAAAAAUUCAGAAGGAGGCAAUUCCAGUUGCAUUGCAAGGUAAAGAUGUAAUAGGUCUGGCAGAAACUGGUUCAGGAAAGACAGGAGCAUUUGCACUUCCAAUAUUACAAGCGUUAUUGGUGAAUCCUCAGCGUUACUUUGCUUUAAUUCUCACUCCAACUAGAGAAUUAGCAUUCCAAAUCUCAGAACAAUUUGAAGCUCUUGGAUCAAGUAUUGGUGUGAAAUGUGCUGUAAUUGUUGGAGGAAUGGACAUGAUGUCACAGGCAUUAACACUUGCAAAGAAACCUCAUAUCAUAAUUGCUACUCCAGGUAGACUAGUGGAUCACCUGGAAAACACCAAAGGUUUUAACCUGCGUGCUCUCAAAUUCCUGGUUAUGGAUGAAGCAGACCGCAUUCUGAACAUGGACUUUGAAGUAGAAGUAGACAAAAUAUUGAAAGUAAUUCCACGGGAGCGUCGAACUUUCCUUUUCUCGGCAACAAUGACUAAAAAAGUACAGAAAUUGCAGAGAGCUUCACUGAAAGAUCCAGUCAAAGUGGAAGUUUCUACAAAAUAUCAGACUGUUGAAAAACUACAGCAGUAUUACAUCUUUAUUCCACUCAAAUUUAAGGAUGUUUAUUUGGUUCACAUUUUGAAUGAAAUGGCUGGAAAUUCAUUUAUGAUCUUCUGCUCAACUUGUAGCAACACUGUCAGAACAGCAUUAAUGCUUCGUAGCCUUGGCUUUACAGCUGUUCCACUACAUGGACAGAUGUCACAGAACAAACGUCUAGGAGCACUUACCAAGUUUAAAGCAAAGAAUAGAUCUAUUCUUAUCUCUACUGAUGUAGCCAGUAGGGGUUUGGACAUACCUCAUGUUGAUGUUGUUAUCAACUUUGACAUUCCAACACACAGCAAAGAUUACAUUCAUCGAGUUGGCAGAACAGCGAGGGCUGGUCGAGCUGGUAAAUCAAUCACAUUUGUGACUCAGUAUGAUGUUGAGCUUUACCAAAGAAUAGAACAUCUUAUAGGCAAACAGCUUCCUUUGUACAAGACAGAGGAAGAAGAAGUUAUGGUCCUACAAGAGAGGGUUUCUGAAGCUCAACGAGUUGCUAAAAUUGAAGUGAAAGACAUAGAAACAAGAACAUUCGGUAAAGGGAAGCGAAAGAAAGGGGGCGGAGGCAUAGGAGAUGAUGAUGAUGAUGUAAACUCACAGGGAGUCAGAAAGAGACUCAAAGGAAGGAAAAAGGUAAACAAGUAUAAAAAGUGACAUAUUUUAUUCAUUGAAUAACUUGUUAUCCUUGUAAAUUUGUGUAUUGUACAGACACACUGAAAUAAGAAUGGACUGUUGUUUAUGUGAACUUAAUAUGAAGAAUACAUUGAAGAGUAAACAUAUAACAUACUGGUAAUUGGAAUAUAGUCAAACACAUGGUACUCUCUGGAUACAGAUAAGGUAAUGAUAAACUGUAACAUUUUAUUAUAUAACAGAUUUGAGUUUCCUAUUGAAUAAUUCUGCACUUUGUAUAAGAUGUGUAUAAAAUGGUUUGAAAAAAGUCAUCAGUUGUCUUUGUGCAUGUGUACACAUGAAGAAAUUAUACUGACUAAUCAUAUUUACAUGGAAUGAGAUAAUAAAGUCAUUGAUUAAAAACCUA